GCGCCGCGGUGUCACGUGACGCGGGGAAACAUGGCGUCGUGUCGGAGGCUGCUGCGCUGUUUUCGCUCCGGUUUGUGGACUUUAGUCUUUUAUUGCGUUUAUUCUCACGUUUGGCUCGUUUUUGCGGAGGAGGCGGACAGCUGCGACAGCCUCAAGCUCGGACAGUAUCUCUGCAAAGAGCCAACGAUCGAUGAAGCUACUCAGGAGCCCGAAAACUGCCGGGACAUGACGGCCUGGGUGGAGUGCCUCCCAGCUCCGAACAUCAGCUGUCGGCUCUCUAACGGGACAGAGUUCAGGUUCAGCGGGGAGGAGGUGGGCUUCAACAAAACCAUCCCCUGCAGGAACGUGAGCGGUUAUUCUUAUAAAGUCGCCGUGGCGUUGUCUCUGUUUCUGGGCUGGCUGGGAGCAGACCGCUUCUACCUGGGAUACCCCGCCUUAGGUCUGCUGAAGUUCUGCACCGUUGGUUUCUGUGGAAUCGGCACGCUGGUCGACUUCAUACUGAUCGCCAUGCAGAUCGUGGGUCCAGCAGACGGAUCGAACUACAUUGUGGAUUAUUACGGCGCCCGGCUGACCCGCCUGUCCAUCACCAACCAGACCUACAGGAAGCCACACCUCUCUCUGUGAACACACCUGCACACACCUGCACACACCAACGGGAACUCAGUCGGUUUUGUAAAUACAGAGAAGACUGCGCUCCACAGAGGAUACGCUCAACUUUAUCGACACACAGACUCUGUACAAACGAACAGUUUCAGUAUAUAAAAAUGACGUAAUUUCAAAAAAUUGACAUCCUGACUGAUCAGAGGUCAUUUAAAGGGCCAUUCGCACAUUUUCAGACUGUUAACAUAAAAAAACCUUCACAUUCCUGCUAAACGUUUUUACAUCAUCUAUCACAUCUUAGAUUGAUCUCUAUUGAUCAGCUAUUGGUUUCUAAUUAUCUCGGUGAAAAUGUAUUUAAGCUAUAACUACAUAUUUGGUUAUUCCGGCUCGUCUGCGGAGAGUUCAGGAGGUUUUCGAUCAAACUGAAAACAUGUCGUCACGUCGGAUCAGUUUCUGUUGUUUUAUUUAAUAUAAUUUUGUUGAAAUAUAUUUUGUGACGUUUCGCUGCCGUUUCGUCUUUAAGUUAUGAUGUUUUUCCAAAACAGACUUUAUUAAAUAAAGUUUCUUUUUGUAUUCGUCCA